AUGGUUUCCAAAGGAUCCACACCCUCCUUUUCAGACCUCCUCGAUGUAAUCAUCGUCGGUGCCGGACCAUGCGGUCUCGCCGUCGCUGCCAGACUGAAAGAAGAAACACCGUCCGCGCUAUUCACAGACGACGAGCACCAGCGCUACCACUGGAUCAACAAACAUAGCGGCCGGAUGGCGCUUGUACAGGCUCGCCACGGCAAGCAGAAAAAGGUCAAAGCAGAGAAAUGGCACGGAUACACCCCUCGACAGUCUUUCUCAUCUACACAUUCAGAGUCUAUAGCGGGGUCUCCGCCUUCGCUGUCUUCGUCCGCCUCGACUGCUUCAGAGGAGACGGAAACUGGUGCGGUGGAGGAUGGUUCGCCCUCCAUUCUUGUUUUGGAUAGUACGGGUGAUAAAUGGAUGGAGCGGUGGAAUCGGGCGUUCAAGACGUUGGAGAUCCAACAGCUUCGUAGUCCCAUGUUCUUUCAUGUUGAUCCGAGUGAUCGGGAUGGAAUGUUGGCGUACACGCAGGAGGUGGGGAGGGAUUGUGAUCUUUGGGAGAUAUCUGGAUGUGUGGGGAAGGAGUUGAGCAAGCAUAAGAAGAAAAAGAAGAUGAGGUCGAAGGCUGUGGCUAUAGGGGAGGUUGAGAUCGAUGAAAGGGACCGCAAAGACUAUUUCUCACCUUCCACGGGCCUUUUCGAGGACUAUUGCUCGAGCAUCAUUGCACGGUAUGGUCUUAACACGCCGGGCAUGAUCCAACAACGUGAAGUCAUUAAUGUCCAGUACGACUACCAUGACGAGAGGUCGCCUUCCGAGAAGAUAUUUACGGUCACGACGAAUGAUGGGGCUGUGUUCUAUAGUCGGACGGUCGUGCUAGCCAUUGGGCCUGGCAGGACGAAGGUCUUCCCGUUUAAGUUAACUGAUGAGGAGGCAAACGGGGCUUGUCAUAGCACGGAGAUUCGAUCGUUUCCAAGCCCCAAUGUGAAAAGGAAAAUCCAGCAACGUCAGCAGACGAAUUUGAUGGUUGUUGGGGGAGGGCUGUCUUCCGCACAGAUAGUGGAUAUGGCUAUCCGGAAGGGAGUGAGCAAGGUGUGGUUCCUAUUAAGGUCUAAUUUCAAAGCCUUCUGGUCCGCAGACACGGACGAAGAACGCCUCGAGAUGAUCAAAACAGCACGCAAUGGAGGCAGCAUCACACCGCGGUAUCAGAAGAUCCUGAAGCAGCAUGCAGCCCGCCACCGCGUCUCGAUCCACUCUCGUACAGUCAUUCUCAGCCGUGAGUACUGCCCCAUGUCUCAGACAUGGUGCCUCACCACUGAUCCUCCAAUUCCCGACCUCCCUCGCAUCGACUACAUCUAUUUUGCAACAGGCAUGCAGGCGGAUGUGAACGAACUUCCGCUGCUUCAGCAAAUGAAUCGCGAAUAUCCGAUCGAGACCAAGCAGGGUCUGCCGUGCAUUACGGAUGAUCUCAUGUGGAAGGCGAAUUUGCCUUUGUUUGUAACUGGACGGCUGGCUGCCCUCCGCCUAGGUCCGGGAGCCCCUAAUCUUGAAGGAGCGAGGCUGGGUGCAGAGAGGAUCGCAUGGGGUAUGGAGGAGGUGCUGGGACGCGGAGAGAGUGAGGAUACACCAGCUGAACGAUCCAAAGAGUGUUUCUGUGGCUUGGGAAAUCGAUACGCUGGGUUAGCUGAUGUGGAUUGGUAA